GGGAAUCUACAGUCAGUAACAGAGAGACGAGUUUAGAAAAUAAAUUUCAUCCAAAUUGUCGGCACAACCACUUUCCAUCUAUUGCAAACGGUACAAAGAUUUAUUUGUCAGUGUUGUCUUCAUAAUGGCUGACGCUAUCGUGACAUUUCAAUCUCAGCUCUCCGGUGUUAUGGAGACGGUCUUUAAGGCUGCUAUGUAUGAGAUCACUCGGCUGGUUGAGGAAAGUUUCUUGGUCGAGGUGACACAAUGCAGGGAGCAAGUGGAGUCUCUGAAGAGAAGACUGAAACGGUCUGAGAGUCGAAGGAAGGAGAGUGAAGGAGAUAAGAGGCUGGAGCAGAGGUGUGCCGACUGUGGGAGACUGGGAAUUUCGGACGAGGAAAAAUUUCGAGCAGAAGAUAAAUGCUUGAAACUGGAGAGUGUGAUUCACGAAAGGAUAGGGAGCUCCCAGGACACUGAUAUAGAGACGGAUAACAGCGAUGUGGACCAGACAAAAGUUGAUGCUGAAAGCCCCUCAGGGGCAACAGAUUCUGGUGUACAAGAUGAAAAGCUAGAUAGACUGUUGAAGGAAGAAACGCUUCACCUUUCAUUAGACACCAAUGGGACUCAAGAAAAAUGGGUGGUUAAUGUAGAUGAAACAGAUACAUCAGGUUUGCCUGGACCCAGUAAACGCUUCAUUGACCAAAAGAUUCCUAAGUGCCACGGGAAUUGGGAAGACAGCUUUGAGCAGAAGGCACAAUCAGAGCGACAUGAAAACUCAGGCGACCCAUCUGAUCCACUGUUCCAGAGCAGAUAUGGCAUGGAGGACCUGGGCAGCUAUGACAAAACUGCUGGUUAUGUCGAUGCUGGCAUGAUGGAAAUGAGCAACUUAGAUGGGUUCCAAGGAUCACCAUCAAACCUCGGCAAGGAGCUGAACUACAUGGAGCAUUUUGAAGAGGGUGUGGAGGCCCUCGGAGGAACAGGGCAUCAAGCCUAUCAAACAGGUACCCCACGGAGUAGAAGGCCUACAGUCAGCUUACAACCAGGAUCACCCUCGAAGGCUAACAUUGAUGUCAGUGGAGAAUUAAGCUGUUUGUUGAUUAAUGAGGAAGGUUAUUUACAGGAUCCAGGUUUGUUGUACUCGGAUCAUGUGUCUGAGGACAACGAUGGUAGAUUCCAGGGGCAGGGUAAUCGAACUCAGUCCUCUUUACACAGCGCCGAGGACAUUUGUAAUGUCUCAAAUACCUAUAAUGAUAAUUUUGACCUGGUAGAGAAGAACAAGAGUCAGACAGGAGGGAGAAGUGGGAGGAAACAUUACGUUUGUCAGCAGUGUUCCAUGUCAUUCCCUGACUCCCCUUCACUCAAGGCUCAUAAACAGACUCACAGAGGCAGUGGACAAGGGUCACCGUACUCUUGUGGCCAAUGCGGAAAAACCUUUACUCAGGCGUCUAGUCUCAGAGUCCACCAGAGGAUACAUGCAGGCGAGGGUCAUCUGUGCACUCACUGUGGAAAAGGUUUUCCUUACUUCUCAGAUUUGAAAAGACACAACUGUGUUCAGACGGGGGACAAACCAUACUGCUGCUCCGUGUGUGGGAAUAAAUUCAGCCGCCUGUGGAAUCUUAAGCUGCACAGGAGAAUUCACACGCAGGAAAAACCUCACCGUUGUUCAGUGUGUGAAAAGAGCUUCACUCGGGCGGACAUACUAAAGGUUCACCAGCGCACUCACACGGGAGAGAGACCAUACUGCUGCUCCAUCUGUGGCCUCAGCUUUAAAAGACUGGAUCAUCUUAAAUCACACCAGCGUAAACACAGUUGCCAAGUUCACACCUGGUGGGGUUGGCCGUCUGAUUCUCCUACAAACCCGACCACCUUUUGUAUACCCGUGUUAACACCCGAUCACGAGUCCAUCAUGUCAAACUUGGAGACUCUUCUGGCCGCUUUUCAGACCCAGCUGUCGGAUGUGAUGGAGACUGUGCUUAAAACUGCCAUGUUCGAGAUCACGAGGCUGUUGGAGGAAGGGUUUUUGGAGGAGGUGAAGCGAAAGGGACAGGAGGUGCAGUCCCUGAAGAUGAGGCUCCAGUGGACUGAGAAGAAACUGAAUGAUGAGGAGAUCAGCAAAGGUGGACAAGUGACAGGAAGAUGUGUAGACUGUGCCAAGAAGGGCUUGAUACUGUCCACCAACACCGAAGAAGUGACGUCUAACAAGCAACAGGAUGAUGUGUUUAGUGGCCCUUCUGUGAAGAAAGAGGAAAGUUCUGUUGACAGAUGGACCAAAGACCAAACCCUGAACCUAUCAGAGACUCUACCACUGGAGGAGGAUCAUCCAUCUGUCUGUCCAAGCCCAGAUCGGCAAACCCAGGAUUGUCAGGUUCCAGUACCAGUAGAGGAGGUGAUGGAAUCAACUGCAGAUGUGAAGGAAGAAAUCGUCAUUAGGUCGUCUUGUUCAUCGUCGCACGUAGGAGUGUGGACCAGUAAUGUUGAUGGCAAAGCUGGACUUGAAUCUCAAAACGUCUCAGCGCUGAAAGAGAUGCCAACAAAGCAGAGUGAGGAAAAUGACGAGGAAUUAUUGAGGACUUUCAUCAAGUACAGCCCUCAGAGAUCUGCUGCAUGCAGUUAUCCUGCAGAAGUGGAGCACACUCCAGUUUCCACAGAUGUUUCUGGUUCUGAGAUGGACACCAGCUGGACUGGUCUUCUCCAGAAUCACGGGUCAUCUCCUGAAAAGGAUUUUGAUGCAUUAAAAACCUCUUCUGACUCCGCCCCUCUGAGUUCAAUGUCUGAAGACCCUCAAGUGACUGUGCAGACCUCCUCAGCUUUAGGUGUGACUGUUAAACAGGAAGUAAUUCUUCAAUCUGACCAGUGUGAGGGAAGUGAGAGCAUGGAGAAGGAAGCACGGUCCAAGUUUGUGUCACGUCCAGCCAAACAACACAGGCAAAGUUCAGGGUCAUGUAAACAGAACCACAUUUCCCAUAAAGCAGCGGUGCAGGAGGUCAUGAAGGUACAUCCCAAAUCGGCGGUAGGUCUCAAACUGCAAGCUGCCCUCCAGCAACUGCAGAGACCAAUUAAAAAAACGGCCCAGUCUUUCUCCAGCAGUACCACAGCUGUGCUGUCCUUAGGUCAUUCUCCAAGUGCAAACUUAAAUUCUGUCAGCAGAAUUCCUUCCACGUCCAAAACCAACUCCCCGCCUCCACCCUCAGUGCCGCGACCCCGUCUGAGCGACAGACAAGCUGCAGCACUCGGUCGGAACACAGCCUCGUGGAUCGGCAUCAGAUCCCAACAUCAGUCAGCCGGCUCCAAUCACAGCAACCCCGCGCUCCACUCCAGCUCUCACGCUGGCCCCAGGCAUCUCCUGCGCUGCGGUCAGUGUGGAAAGUGCUUUCCACACCCCAGCAACCUGAAAGCUCAUCUGCAGACUCACACCGGGGAGCGGCCUUUCUGCUGCUCUCUCUGCGGUCGCAGCUUCACCAAGCUGAGUAACCUCAAGGCUCACCGCAGAGUCCACACCGGAGAGAGGCCGUACUGCUGCUCGGCCUGUGGCAAACGCUUCACCCAGAAAUGUAACCUGAAACGGCACCAGAGGAUCCAUCUGGACGUAUGAUGUGAGACGGAGACGCUCACGGUUAGGCAGACAGUGUGUUUGUUCAACAGUUACCAAACUUGUGAUCAUGUCUUUCAAAGUGAUUGUGCCAAGUUCUUCCCUACAUUCCUACAAAGUGUUGUUGUUUAACUGAAACCAAAACAAAAAAAAAUCUCUAUGUUCUUUGUAAUGUAUUGUGUGCAUUUGUCACAUACUGUCAAUAAAAUACUAUUUAUUCUGUGAAAA